AUGAGUUAUCAGUGGUUUGUGAAUUUUGCCCACCUGGACAAGUUCGUGUCGUUCAGCGACGAGGAUAUGAAGACCAUUCCAUAUCCGAAGACGGAACUGCUCGUGCAUGUGGCCUACAAGACGGCCGAAGUCGGUUGUUUCCUCGGCAGUGCACUGGUAGGUCCUGUGUACAGCAUAAUUCGCCGUGGGACGUCGUUCAGGAGUAUGGCCACAAAGUGCGGUCUAGGAGGAUUAGUCGCAGGUGUUCUCGUGGCGCCGGUAAUGGUCCAUUACCGCUUGAAGCAAGUCGAGGCAACACCCGAGGCUAUUUACGACCGCUGCUAUCGAAUUCGCCAUAACGAGAAGCAGUUGUUCAUCGACCGCAGCGUGACCUUGCUCGCCGCUGGUGGCUUUCUUGCUGACCGAUGGACUGGUGUGGUGCUGGGAAUCGAUUGCGCCAUCGUCGGGACGUUGCUGUUCAAUGCAUUUCUCUGGGACCGUUUUGCAAAGAAGACCGACGUACGACAUCCCACGUGA